UUCUGCCUCGUCAAUUAUCCUUAUUUCUGCCUUUCGAAAUUUCACUUUUUAAAAAAACACGAAACCUUUUCACUUUUGACUCUGAGCUUCGAAUAAAACAAUGGACACUACCAAGAAAAAAGAGAAGAAGAAGGAAGUGAUUCGAUUAGAACGAGAAUCUGUUAUUCCAGUUCUUAAAUCCAGGAUAAUUAUGACAUUAGCCAAUUUAAUUGAACAUGAUUCAGAUCGCGAUGAAUUUCUCAAGCUGUGCAAAAGAGUUGAGUACACAAUUCGCGCGUGGUACCUUAUACAAUUCGAAGAUUUAAUGCAAUUAUACGCGUUAUUUGAUCCUGUCCACGGUGCUCAAAAUCUCGAGCAACAAAAAUUAUCAGAUGAGGAUAUCGACGUACUUGAACAAAAUUUCUUGAGAUAUUUAUUCCAAAUUAUGGACAAGAGCAACUUCAAAAUCGCCACAGAUGAAGAGCUAGAAAUUGCGAAUUCAGGGCAAUAUUUGUUAAAUCUACCAAUAACGGUUGAUGAAUCUAAGCUUGAUAGUAAGUUAUUGUCUAAGUAUUUUGCUAAUCAUCAUCGCGAUGAAAAACUCCCUGAGUUUGCUGAUAAAUAUGUCAUUUUUCGUCGUGGCAUUGGAAUUGAUAGGACGACAGAUUGGUUUAUUAUGGAAAAAAUUGACAUGAUAAUUACGCGUACGUGGAAAUGGCUAUUGAAAAAAACAGGUGGUGAUAAGUAUUUUCGAAGAAAAAUUAAUAAGAAAAAGAAGCCUCUGAAAAAAAGAAUCCCUUCUGAAGAAGAACAAGAUUUUUACGUUGAACGAAUUCGAAUCCAGAAUAUGGAACUUACUGUCCCUAAUGUAUUGGGAAAAAUUACAAUUCAAGAACCAACGUUUGAAAGGAUAAUUGUGGUGUACAGACGAGCUAGUGAAGACGAAGAAAAACCCGAUAGAGGAAUUUAUGUGAAGCAUUUGAAAAAUAUUCCAAUGGCUGAUUUAGAAAUUGUUUUACCUGAGAAAAAGAAUCCAAGUUUAACACCAAUGGAUUGGGUUCAAUUUAUUGCAUCUGCAAUUGUUGGUCUUUUUGCAGUUGUGACCUCUCUUGACAUGCCAGAAGCUGAUUUAUGGGUUCUUUUUGCAAUUUUAUCCACAAUAAUUGGCUAUUGCGCGAAAAUUUACUUCACUUUUCAACAGAAUAUGGCUCAGUAUCAGAAUUUGAUCACACAAUCAAUGUAUGAUAAACAAUUAGACAGUGGACGUGGUACACUUUUGCAUUUGUGUGAUGACGUCAUACAACAAGAAGUUAAAGAAGUAAUUAUUUCGUAUUUUAUAUUAAUGGAACAAGGGAAAGCUACAUUAUUGGAUCUUGAUCAAAGAUGUGAGGAAUUAAUUAAAGAAAGAUUUGGAAUAAGCUGUAAUUUUGAUGUAGAUGAUGCAGUUCAGAAGCUAGAGAAAUUAGGAAUUGUUUCAAAGGAUGAAAUUGGAAGGUAUUUUUGUAUUGGCCUUAAAAGGGCUAAUGAGAUUAUUGGGACAACUACUGAAGAGCUUGUUCUUAAAGCAAGACAAGGUCAAGGUCAACCUGCAAUUACUGAAUAGGGACGUUCUUGUAUUAAUCGCUAUGGCGUAUAUGUUAAAUAGUUAUUUUAUGCGUCCGAUUAUCAUUCAGGAGCAGUCGUGUAGAUUUCCCAGAGAUUGUUGUGAGUUCUACGUCAAAUUAGAUGAAUUUUUUUAACCUAUGUUUUGUAAUUUUGUUUCUUACUUUUUUAUUUUGGUUUUGUGAGAAUAAUUUGGAAAUGACUCGAUGAGGAAAGUUAAAAGGUAACAGAAUCAUCCUCAACGAGUAUAGCAGAUGGAGUAAUAUCCAGAAUUUUUCCUGUAAUUUUUAUUAAUGCACAUCUUAAUUUUGGUGUCAA